AUGUUUUGUUGCUCAAAUGUAAAAAAGAAAUAAGCAUAACCAACACAAAAUAAUUUGAAUAAUCAUCAACAUUCUCUAGUAAUAAAUUUUAAUAUAUUUAAGGAACAAACUCUUAAUAUAAAUGAUGAAGCAUUCACAUUUCAUACUACUAUGUAAAUCUAACAUAUUAAUACCAUUCAAACCUAUAAGGUUACUCAAGAUUUAUAAACUAUAAGGUAUUAUGAAGUUUUAUAAAUAGGAGUAGCAGAUCGAAUAGUCGAGGGACUAAAAUUAAUGAUCAUGUUGCAUAAUCAAUUCUUGUUAAACCUUUAAGAAAAACUCCUUUUCUAACUUUCAAUAAAAAAGGAACUGAUACUACAACCAAAUAUUUAUCUACAAAAUAAGGAUAUACUCUACUUGUUACUAGGACUACUCAAUGA